AAUUAUGCAUAGUUUAUUUAGAUUAUAUAGAGGUGGCAUUAAUGUCUGGUUCUGCUGGGUUCCAGCUCAUGAAGGGGUUAAAGGAAAUGAAAAAGCUGAUAAAUUAGCAAAAAGGGCGUUAGAAAUGACAAUGACGAUGAUAAUUCCAUUCGGGAAAGGAGAAGGGAAAUCAUGUAUUAAAAAGAAAGAAAUAGAAGAAUGGCAAAAAAGGUGGAAUGAGGAUAAGAAAGGGAGAAAAUUAUACAAAGUGCAAAAAUCAGUAAUAAUUAGAAAUAUUGAUGAGAGAAACAGAAGGGAAGAAAUAAUUAUGACCAGAUUAAGAGUAGGACACACCUAUCUAAAUGACACUUUAUAUUUAGUAGGGAAGAAAAGUAAUGAUAAAUGUGAAGGAUGUGGAGAGAAAGAAAAUGUAGAACAUGUAUUAAUGAACUGUAGAACAUAUGAAUCUGAAAGAGAGAAUCUGAAAAGAAUUGUGGAAGGACAGGAAAAGAAUGGAGUCUUAAAGGAAUAUUAGGAAAUGAAGGAAACAUAAUGGAUAUUUAUAGAGUAAGGAAAGCAUUAUUUACUUUUCUUAAAAACACAAGAUUAAUAAAUAGAAUUUAAUAAAUGUAGAGAAAAUGUUGCUACACACUCGUGUACAGUAGGUGGCGGUAUGCACCUAAAAGUUACUUGCAAUCCGCCAUUAAUGAAAAGAAGAAGAAGAAGUGCGCUCUGCGUAAAGAGCAACAAAUAUGGCGGUUCGCUUCAAGGUACCCGGACGUGACAGGAAUCAUCAACAGAUGAGCUAAAGGAGCGAACACCUUCACAAAGCGGCUGACAUUUUUCAUUUAUCGUUUUCGUAUCCUUUUUUUCUUGAGUGGACGGCUUACUAAAGCAUAAAACAGGAAAUGCCUUCUCCAAAGGCUAAAAACGCCGGUCGCAGAGAUGGCAGCCCGGUGCUCGGCAGUAACUUCGACUUCGUGUCUCUGACCAAGCCGCUGAACCGCUCCUCCCCGCCGCACCUGCUCCAGCGACAGGGCUCCGACCCGACCACCGCUCGCCUCCGGGCCUCGGAGAGCCCCUCGCGCCGCCGAGGCUCCGGCUCCUCCACGGGCUCGGCGAGCGGUCAGGGGCCACCCGAGGAGGACGGCAUACGGCUCAACCCGUCCCUCAUCGGCAUCUCGCUCAGCUCCCUGCUCGCCAUCGACCUUUGGCUCUCCAAGCGCCUCAGCGUGUGCGCCUUCGAGGACGCGUCGUGGGGCAGCGCGCGCCCCUUGAUGAAGCUGAUCGAGGUAUCCGGACACGGCAUCCCGUGGCUGGCAGGCGCUGCUUACUCCAUGUACAAGAGCGACAGUGCUGCAGGACAGGAAGUCAUGCUCAACCUGCUCAUGGGCCUUCUGCUGGACAUCAUCCUGGUCGGCGCGGUCAAAGCGGUGGUACGUCGGCGUCGGCCGGCUCACAACCAAAUGGACAUGUUUGCCACUUUCUCCGUGGACCGCUACUCCUUCCCCUCCGGCCACGCCACCCGAGCCGCCAUGUGUGGCCGCUUCCUGCUGGCCCACCUGGUGCUGGCUGCGCCGCUCAGGGUCCUGGUCUUGCUGUGGGUGGGCUUGGUGGGGCUCAGCCGGGUGCUGCUGGGCAGACACCAUGUUACCGAUGUGCUGUUUGGGUUUUGGAUGGGGUACUGCCAGUACAAACUGGUGGAGAUACUGUGGCUCUCUCCACAAACUCUACAGGGGCUGCUAGGGCUUUUAGCUUAAAUUUAGAGACUGAGAUGAAGAGGGGGGGGGGGGUGAAAUGGUUUUGUUUUAAGGGCCUCUGCACAUUUUUUACUUUAAUUUCUCUGCUGUAAAAUUGUUUUCAUUGGGGUAGACUCAGGAGAAGAGUUCCCCAAAGUCCUGCUUUCUGCUACUUUACAGACAUUCACUGGGGUUCUUACGUUUUAUUUGCGUUUGUAGAUAGGAAGUAUCUACUAAACAUCAACAGCAUUAUGAAACAAAACUAAACCUGCGCAGGUCUGUCUUAUGUCGCUAACAUGUUUAUAAUCAGGCAAGACAUGGGUUGAGUCUUCUGGGGGUCCUGAAGCUGGCCUGUGUUUGGAUGAGCAGUUCAGAUCAUCAAGACGGGUCCAAAUAUCUCUGCAGAUCAUCAUUAGCGUUAAUCACAAUGUUGUUAGCGAUUAGUUCAAGGGUUUCAAGACCAAAUUGGAAGAGACUCUGCUUAGCACUUUAGCUAACUCAACUUUCAACCUACCUGCUCAUCAGGAUACACACGGUGACUAAAUACAUUUCUAGGACCAAGUUGUGCUUAUGUUGUUUUUUUUGUUGUUUUUUUUAUUUUUUUUAAAUCACAUGAUCAGAAUAGCAUUUGUUAUUUUCCAUUAGUUAAUGCAGAGGCAAGCGAACAUAAGAAGUAGUUUUGAGUUCUGAUCAAUAAGAUGCGGUAAAAAAAAAACAAAAAAAAACUAAUGCAUGUUUAGAUGUUUUUCUACUACUGUGGAUGGGUCACUGUUGUUAAAGUAAGAUUUGUAAAGUUGUUUCAAACAUGUGGGUUGGGUGAACCAUGUGAUGCAUUACCAGGAGUUCAUCAAUAAUAAUAUCAGCCAUAUGGUGUCCUCCUCCUUCUCCUUAUUCUCAUUAUUCAUUAACGCCUAAGAUUUUAUACUCAGCCCAUCACACUCAGAGUAAACCCAAUUAGCUUCUUAUAAUCAGUAUUGUCAUCAUGUUUACACUUUUUCUGACUUAUAAUCUGGUCUGUUGCAUUGCAUCGAUCUGGUUUCCCUGCUCUGCCAGAUCAGAUCCGACCACUGAGGGGAUAUUUUAAGGAUUUGGGGGUCGAAUGUUGGGUGUUUACACUCGAUCCUUUUGGCCAUGUCUGCUGGUAUCUGUGGAUUUUGCUUCACCCAGCAGCAGCAAUCAUAAAGUUCUGGUUCACUAAGCCAUAUUAAUAUCAGCGGGAACAUGUAUAAGUUUUUAAAUCUUCUACUUGAUAUGCAUCUAGCACUUAUCAUCAGUCAUCCGUCACAGCGUGCGCCUGCUUUGGGUGUCAGGUUUUUUUUAAUUUCACUUGAUUAUUUCCUUUUUACGUACUGUUGUUAAUAAUUUAUGAUUAAUGAGGGACAAAUUCUCACCUGAAUUUCCAACAUUUAAAGAAAAUCUCUGAAGAAUAUGCAUUUAGAUUAAAGCUAAACUGUUGUUUUUAAGGACUCCUACAUGAAACGUUUGCAAAAAUAAUCAGAGAAAAUAAGAGAAUUAUGAACUGUAAAGUCAAAAUUUCUGAGAGACUGUCUAAGCAUAUUGUUUGUUUAGAUAAUCAGCUAACAAUGCUAGCUUUCCACUCUGCAUGGAGAACAGUUUCAGGCUUUCCACAUAGCAAAGGACACGAUUGAUCGUCAUGGAUACCUCCUCUAUAGCUACGUAUUCACUGAUCAAUAAUUACAGUACAUCCUUAGCUGUAGAGAAAAUAAAGACAAAAAUCAUAGAUGUGCUGUUUUAUUAUUAUUAUUGCUAUAUGGAAGUUUACAUGUGUGAUGCAUGGAGUAAGUCUCAUUUUCUUCUGAAUGUCAAUCAUUUAAAUCAACAGAACAAAUAUAUGCUUUAGGGGGGGAAAAAACAACAGAAGUCAGACAAAGGCUGAGGUUUUAGAGAAGAUGCGCUACUUUCCUUUCUUCAUGCGAAAACUAGCAGAAAAUGAACUAAUUCCUCCACUGCAGGUGUGUCAAGCCUGUGCUCCCAGUUCACACUGCGAAAAAAAUCUUUGGAAAGUGUCGAAAACUUAGUUUUGUGCUCUAAUGAUCCUGUAUACGGCCCGAAAGUUCAUAGAGGUCGGCAGGUGGUGUACAGCUUUGUAACUUUCUUUACCACGUAGAGUAAUAAAAACAUAAAGACGUUUGUGCAGCAUGCCAAAAAGAAUUAGCCUAGCCAAGCACAUUUUCCAGUACAACAUAUCUUUGCUGGAGCUGAUGUUUGCUAUAUAAUGUCAAACACAUUUUCCUGACUGUGACAAAAACCAAACUAAAUCUUAUUUCUCUUCUGCAAAAUAGCAAAAGUUGCCUUUCUUGUGAAUAUGCUGCUGAUCUUUGUUUUGAAAUCCCUCAUCAUUUCUUUCUAAGAUCUCUAAAGGCAAUAACCUGCAAAUGGGCCAGACUGACAUCCAGGUGUCUAAACACGAUGAGUCUUCCUUUAGACUUAAGCUAUUAUUUCACAGUGUGUGUUUGAGUGUGCAUGCUUAGGAGUUCAUUUUGUAUCGUCAUCUUGCACUUAAUAUUUGCAUUAAUAAAAAGGGCAUUUCUGCAAAUCGUCGAUGCAUCGUAGCGAUGCAGUCGGUGGAGAUGACGCAACAGUUAUGUGUGUUUAAUAGCAACACGGGGUCACGGAGGCUGAUUGAGGCGUGUGAAGUUCUGGUUAGCUGUAGUGACUUUCUGCUGGUUGGUUUGAGCCAGAUCCACACGCUCCGUUCCACAAACUUUUCCAUCGGCGACUGUUUGGUUGACCCGUGUCAGACUUUGCCCUCUUUCUGCAAUAACGGACCAACGGUCUUCCCGGUACAUGGCGACUUUCCAGAUUUCAGCGUCCUUUCAGCACACAGCAUAUUGUGUGCUGUAGCGAAUCACAAUAUGCUGAAUAGCACAUUUAUGACCAAAUUUGUUUUAUGAUUGUCCUACUGUGAAGAAUAUGAAUAGACCUUAAUCUAAGAAAAGCAAAGUAAAAUAAGUUGCUACAUUAUUAAUAUUUGAGUGGUGGAUAGAUUUUGCACUCAUCAGCUGUUUUUGGUUUUGCUUACUGAAAACCGAUAUACUGUAUUGAAGCUUUAUCUUGAAGUGUUCAGAUAUGUGUUGGUGUGAUUGCACUGUCGUGUCAGUACAUUUGCUUCUGCUGUUGAAUAUUCUCUACACUUUGAAUGUAAAGAUUUUUAAUUAAACGGGGAACGCAACUGAAA